GAUGAAGCUGCUCUUCUCCCCGCAGCAGAGGAAAGUCGGAGGCUCGUGUGUCAACAUCCAGUGUUUCCCCCGGGAGACGUAACGUUAACGCUAUUCUUAAAAAAACCUGACGUCCCUUUGAGGAGCUGCUUUCUUAUUCUCCUCUACAGCCGCGUCUUCAUCCUCGCAGGCCGCGGUGCUUGGCAGCGUUGAGACCCGAAGAAGAAGGCGCUCGGCCCCCGCUGCUUUGACGUUAGCUAACGUUAUUGUAAACGAUGACUGGGUACAAAGUGCGAACGGCGUCUCCGAUCAUCUAGUAUUAUCUGGGGACCUGUUAGCUUAGCCGGCUAGCCUGGUUGUUUCGAUCCGAUCGAAGGAGACGAGGCGACGCACACUGCUGACAUGAUGUUUCCUCAAUCGAGGCACUCGGCGUCCUCUCAGUCCGGUCAACCUCUCAAGUUCACCACUUCUGACUCCUGUGACCGCAUCAAGGAUGAGUUCCAGUUCCUGCAAGCACAAUACCACAGUUUGAAGUUGGAGUGUGAUAAACUGGCCUCUGAAAAGUCUGAGAUGCAGCGUCAUUAUAUCAUGUACUAUGAAAUGUCCUACGGGUUGAACAUUGAAAUGCACAAACAGGCUGAAAUAGUGAAGAGACUGAACGGGAUCUGUGCUCAGGUGCUGCCUUACCUGUCACAGGAGCAUCAGCAGCAGGUGAUGGGCGCCAUAGAGAGAGCAAAGCAGGUCACACCUCCAGAGAUGAACUCUAUCAUACGGCAUCAGCUUCAGGUGCAACACCUGCCCCAGCUCCAGGGCCUGGCCCUGCCUGUGAACCCGCUCCCCAUGGGCCUCACCCCUCCCUCCCUGCCCGCCGUCUCCUCCAGCUCCGGCCUGCUCUCCCUCUCGUCCAUCCUGGCCAACUACUCCCACGGCCAGGCUCAGGUGGUGAAGGAGGACAAAGCCAGGGAAGCGGCAGAGAGAGCACCCAGAGGAGACGACGGGGAUAAGUCAGACUAGUGUCGACACAGUGAGGAGGUUUGGAGAGGGAGGAGGGGUGUUGAGAAAAGAAAGGUGAAACUGUAACUGUAAAUGGAGAUUGAUGUAAGUCUGGCUGCCUGUCUUGAGUGUUGAUGAAACCGCAGGGAUGAUGACGAGCAGAAAAGACGGCGUUGAAGCUUUUGGAUGUGUUAGAGAUUGAAACUGCUGAAUGGUUGAGAGCGUGAGUUCUUCUUUAGUGGUAAUGGACUCAGUUCAGGCUUCUAGACUUAGAAUAAAUGCUUUUUCUUUUGUGUAAGCCACUGUUGUUAGGCUUAACCAAGAUAAAUGUUUUCCCAUCUGGAGAAAGAGCUGCGGCUGAAAGCUAACAGCAGUCUCCCACACAUGGAUCUGCCUCUCACAGGUUUAUUUUCUUCUUGUUGUUAUCAGAUCUGUAUUCAAUGUUUUUUUUUUUUCUUUAAGUCCCUCAGAUUGUGUCGUACUGGCUCCUGUCUGCCAGUCACUGUAAGGAGUUUUAACAUCUCAGCUCCCUGUAACUCCUUUUUCCUCAUUGCAUGACGUACAAUAGCUCAAUUUCACCUUUCUCCAAAAAUGUUUGGACCAUAGACUGGAAAUAAAAAAAUGGACGACA